UGUGUGAAUUUGGUUUCUAACAGCAUAAGAAUGGGGAUGGGGCUAAGAGCUGUUCCUGUAUCACCUGCUUUUGCUGGUUCUAACUUCACUUUGUCAAAACAAAACCUCACCUUCACAAUACCUAAACCUUGUUACAAGUUCAAAGUUGUUGCAUCAAAAACAGAGAAAGGUUACAAAGAUGAUGAUGAAGAAGAACAAAAGCCCAAGAAAAGAAAGCAGAAUCUGUUUGAAAGUGUUACAGAAGCUCUAGAUUUUGCUCAAGUUAGAUCAGCUGAAGAUGCUCAGCUUAUUGAAGAUGCUAGGUCAGCAACUCAAUCCGGAGAAAAAAUGAGCAGGGAACAGUAUGGGGCUCUUAGGAGGAAGAUUGGAGGGACAUAUAAAGAUUUCUUCAAAUCAUAUGUUGAAGUGGAUGGUGCAUAUGUUGAAGAAGGGUGGAUAGAUAAGACAUGUAAAGUAUGCAAGAAAGAAACAAGGGGUGAACCAAGACAAGUUGACAAGGCUGGAAGAUAUGUUCAUGUGGCAUGCUUGGACAAGGCUAAAUCUGGAAAUUUUUUUACCAGGCUAUUUUCUGGUUAAACAUAUAGUUUUCUCUGUACUUUUUUGUUGUUGGAAGUACACAAUAUUAAAGUAUAGUUAACGUUGUAGUUUGAUUCAAGGGUGCCUAAAACAGUAAUGUUUUGGGUUUUUCCUUAUAUAUAGUAAGAAUGUUUGUUA